UAACCACAUAGCAUUAUAUUAUCUACCAGAAAUUGUAUUAUCUGGUAAUUGAACUCUAUGCUUGAUAUGAAAACAUUUAAAUUCUUGACCGACCAUGGACUUCCACAAAGAAAAAAAAGACGUAUCAAGGUAUCGAAUCUUAGAUACGGUCCAACAUGCAUUUAACAAGCCACCAAUACUGGUCUAAGUAGUGGGCACACUUUUCUGAUGUCUUAUAAUCGAACGUUCGCUCACCGACUGUUUAUUUCUCUUCUCCAAAAUGACGUACUGCUCCGGCCGAUUCACCGCCGCUCUCCUCCUGGUACUCUCAGCCAUUCCCAUAGCUUAUCUCAUUUCGUUAGAGCGGGCUGUCCCUUCCACACACGUCAUCUCUUACCAUAGCUCCGGCUUCUUACGUGAGUGCGCCAAAUGGGACGAUGUAGAUCGGAGGUUCCUUGUGUCCUUCAUGGACGGAGGAGGAAUCGGCGAGGUUGUUACUAGAGAUUCGGACGGUGAUGAUAGCGAGGUUUUGGAGGAAGUCACUUUGGUCAAAGACGUUGACAUCGCCGGAAACGCUUCUGCUGGAAUCGUUAUCGACCGCGACAGAAACCGUCUCCUCGUCGCCAUCGGCGAUCUGAUUGGAAAUAAGUAUAGCGCUUUAGCGGCCUAUGAUUUGUCUACGUGGCAUCGUAUCUUCCUCACAGAGCUUAGUGGCCAUAGUAAAGAGAUAUCAUUUGCAGACGAUGUAGCUUUUGAUGCACAAGGCAACAGUUAUGUUACCGAUGCAAAAGGAAGUAAAAUCUGGAAAGUUGAUGUUAAUGGGAAGCUCGUGUCCAUCAUUAAAAGCCCUCUCUUCACUCCACCUGGCUGGUUCAUUAACAUGGUCGCUCUUAACGGCAUUGUUUAUCACCCAUCCGGGUUCCUCAUCGUUAUCCACACUUUUUCUGGUUUGCUAUACAAAAUCGACCUAGCGGAAGGAGAUCAGAGUAAUAAAGUCAAUGUCAUUGAAGUUACUGGUGGUACAUUGAGGUUUGGAGAUGGGAUUGAAUUGUUGUCUCCAACAAAGAUUGUUAUUGCAGGUAAUCCUUCUACGAGAUUGGUGGAAAGCUCAGACGAUUGGAGGACAGCUUCUGUGACGGGUUUGUUCAGGACUGGUAUGUUUCAUCGGCUAGUCUCAGCGGCUACUGUAAAGGAAGGAAGAAUUUAUCUAACCCAUAUUGUUGGGUUUGGGUCUAAGAAAAGACACAUACUUGUAGAAGCUGUGUUUUAGCAGUUGUUAAUACUUUCCUUAUAUUUAUUUUAGGUUGUGGUGAUGAGGAAAGAUUGUUAUUAGUAUAAGAUUACCUCUUUGCACGAAUUAUGAUCAAAUUUAAAUCAAUAAAAGUUACCUUAUUUGAUGAA